AUGUCGCUGCAAGUGCCUGACCCGGACAGGCUGAACUUCUUCCCACCGAACCAGGCAAAGCAGACCAGAUUCGCGCCUCUGCCGCCUAGACCGCCUCCAGCGCGGCAUUCCUUCAUCAAUGCUCGAAGCUCAUGGAUGAGGAGAAGCCAACGCUUCCCCAUCGCAGAGACCUACGAACGUUUACCACGCCUAAGCCGACUGUCAUACUUCCCCGUCGCCAACGAGUACAUCGAUGGAGUGUUCAACGAGAAGACGAACCUCCCACCUCGGUGGUCGUUCUACGUCCCCGACUUCGACUUUGACGUGAAGGAUUUCGAGAAGUACGAACAGCAGCAGCAGCAACAACAAGAAAAGGGCGAGGACGAUGACGUCCCCAAGGCUCUCAAGGCAUUCCGUGUCGACUUCUAUCCUGGUGAUCCUGACGACCCAAAGUGCUGGUCCGUAGCCUACCGGAUCCUCGUCAUCGGCAUGUUCGCCUUCACCACCCUAGCCACUGGUAUCUAUUCCACCGCCUACUCUAGUGGCAUCAACUCAAUGGUCCCGGAGCUCGGCGUCACCAACCAGUCACUACCAUUGCUUGGUAUCUCACUCUACCUCGUCGGCCUGGCGUUGGGUGCCCUCAUCAUGGCGCCGCUAAGUGAGACAUUCGGUCGAAGACCUAUGUACAUCGGUGGCCUCAGUGUCUUCCUGGCUUUGAUUCCCAUGGCAGCUCUCGCGACGAACUUUACGAUGGUCAUCGUCGCCCGUUUCUUAGGAGCUGUCGCCGGAAGUGUCAUGCUUUCCAACGUUGCUGGAUCGAUCAUGGACAUCACCGACCCCAAGUAUCUUCCUCUCGCCAUCUCAGUUUACUCCUUUGGUCCACUCAACGGCCCGGUGCUGGGACCUCUCAUCGUAAGUACAUAUGUCAUCUCCUUUGGUCUCGAGGAUGAGCUGACAUACCCUCAGGGUGGUUUCAUGGUUGAAGCCUGGGGCUGGAGGUCUCUGAACUGGAUGUCGCUCAUCUCAACGGCUGUGGGCGCCUUGUUCAUCAUGACCGUCCCUGAAACAUACCGCCCGACACUUCUAAGGAAGAAGGCGAUGACGAGGAGAGUGGAGGAAGGCGACCACCGUUACUGGUCUGACUUCGACGACUCCGUCCCGCUCUUCCGCAGAAUCCGCACCUCCAUCUCUCGACCUUUCAUUUUGUCUUUCACUGAGCCUGUCUUGAUGUUCUGGAACAUCUACAUCUCAGUCAUCUAUGCCAUUGUGCAGUUGGCAUACGUCGCUUUCCCUAUCAUCUUCCAAGACGAACGAGGCUGGUCCACAUCAAUCUCGGGACUUGCUUUCCUCGGAGUGUUCGUCGGCAUCGCCCUCGUCCUCGCUACCGAGCCCUUGCUACGAAAACUCGUUCAGCGCCAACCCAAAAACCCGGAGACAGGCAAGCCUGAGCCGGAAGCCACCGUUCUUCUCAUCUGUAUCGGCGCUGUGCUCGAACCAGUCGGCCAGCUGGCGUUCGCGCUAACAUCCCUUCCCAUCGAAAUUCCCUUUUACUGGAGCAUUCUGUCAGGCGUUCCCUUUGGAUACGGCUUCGGCCUUGUUUUCAUUUACGGCACUGGCUACAUCUCAAAUGUCUUCGGCAUGUAUGCCACCUCCGCCUCUGCAGGCAACCUCGUUUUCAGGUCAAUCUUGGGCGCUGUGCUCGUCAUCGUGGGCAAGAGCAUGUAUCAUGCGCUCACCCCGCGCAUCGCGGGUAUCACUAUUGGUGUCGCCGAAGUGGUGCUCAUGCCCAUUCCUUUCAUCUUUCUUAAGUGGGGCAAGAACAUUCGGCAAAAAAGCAAACUUAUUCGGACACUGGAGGAGCAGGCGAAAAAGGUUGCAAAGUGA